AUGGCACAAUCUCCAGAUUUUGAAAGUCGACUGGCGAGAAUUUCAAAUAAGAACACCAAGAGCAGUAUAGAAAAACCUGACACCGGUGCUACUUACGACAGCUCUAACUCAUCAACUGAAUAUAAAGAAAGUGGCCAACCAAAUCAAAUGGAACACGAAUCCACCAAAGAACCUCAAGAAAGGAAAGGAAAUGGAGAAGGAGAAGGAGAAGGAAUAGGAGAAGGAUCAGCAGUAGCCAACUCCACUCAUGGUGGUGGUGGUGGUGGUAGCGGCGGCAGCAGCGGCAGCAAAAAGAAUAUCCCAGUUGAACUUACUGCUUUUGGUACCACACCAUCAGGAAAACCCAGAUUAUUUGUUUGUCAAGUAUGUACCAGAGCUUUUGCCAGAUUGGAGCAUUUACGAAGACACGAACGAUCGCACACAAAAGAAAAACCAUUUGCCUGUGGAGUAUGCCAACGCAAAUUUAGUCGACGGGAUUUGCUAUUACGGCACGCCCAAAAACUUCACGCAGGAUGCACCGAUGCCAUCACAAGGUUAAGAAAGAAAUCACUAAAACCAUUGGAUGGCGAAGACGGAGGUGAAUAUGCAGGAGGAAAUGGAGAAUACGAGGACGAAGAAGAAGAAGAUGUAUAUGAAAAGGAAUCCGUACUAGAAGCCGAAGAGGCAGCUUUAAAGGCCAGGGCCAAAUUGAAAAGAGAAGAAGCAACGGCAGUGGAAUUCAACCUCGAAUUAUUUGAUAAGGCUAAGCCUAGUAAUGGAAAAGUGAAAAAGGCAAAAAGAAAUACGGGCACAGGCACAGGCACAGGCACAAACUCCGGUGCCAAUGCAAACACUACUUUAUCAGCAUCUUCUUCAUCCUCUGGAGUGCCAACUAGGAAAAGCUCUAAUGCAGCCCUACUACAAAAGAAACGCGGAAGAAAGAAGCUCGAAGAAACUAUGGCCACAGGUAUGAGUGUUAGCUCAACGCGACUUCGAAGAGGCGCUUCGUUUUCGGCACAAUCCGGUGCAAACUAUGCAAUCAAUGUUCCAGAGUUUAAUGACUUGUACCCAAACACUGAUAACGUCGAGUUUUCUACACCACAGCUAAUGCCCUCAACAAAUGCUGAUGAACUCAAUUGGUUGAAUAACAUUUCCGCAAUACCUGGUUUAUCCGAUGAUCUGCGAUUCAAUGAACUCAUGCGUCAAGGAUCAAUCACUUCAGGAAUAAACAAUUACCCUGGUCCGCCAGUCAAUGUGAGCCAACACGGCUCGUUCUCACACCCAUCAUUUACCAACAUUCCUCAACAACAACAACAGCAGCAGCAGCAGCAGCAACAGCAGCAACAGUUGCAACAACCAAGAACAGAUAGUAUAGCAAGUCUCAAUUCUCAUUUCGAUGGGCUUGGACAUGGACAUGGACAUGGACAUGGAUUCAACACUGGCCAUGGACCCAAUAUUGGACCCAAUACUUUUAUGAUGCCCACUGUUACUUUGACAAAUCAGGAGAUCCAAAAUGGGGUCACUGCUCAUCAAAAAAUGCUUCAGCAACAACAACAACAACAACAACAACAACAACAGCAGCAGCAGCAACAGCAUCAACAGCAUCAACACCAACAACAUCAACAAUCUUUUCAGAGUCAAAAUGAACCACUACAUCACGGUAUACAAUCAUUUGCAAAUAACAGUCAGUCACAAAUUAAUAACCCAAACAACCCAAAUAUUCCCGAUGGACAAUUUGAGAUUCCUGGCUAUUCCUUCUAUGAUAUGCCUGAUUAUAUGCUUGAUGCUCAAAUGAUGAAUGAAAUUCCUGCUCACCUUCGUGUACUAAAUCCUAUCAAGCAAGAACCCGACGAAGACCUAGCAUCAGCCUCUCAAGAACCUCUUCGGCAAACAGAUAUGGACUUAAAUUUCUUGAAUGACAUGGACAAUCUCACUCAUGAAUAUGAUGUCAAUGCCAAAUUUACCGCAGGUGGCUACUCUUUUUACGGCGAUAGUAUCUCAACAUAUUCUUCUGGUAUCGAUACAAACUCUCCGGGAUUUGUGAAAUCUCCUCCUAGACCAAGCCCCUUGGGUGUCACCAGUACCACGAUUGAUCAGAUGCGUAUUGACUCAGUUGGCUCACCACAUCAAGCAAUUGCUUCAGACCAACCAUCUACUUGGAAAGCACCAAUAAACUAUACAAGAAACAAACUAUUUACAAAUAGGAUGAGACAUUUGGUCAAUAAAGCACUAAACAAGUACCCGAUAAAUGGUAUAACCACCCCUGCAAUUCCUUCUAAUGAAAAGCUAGAAUCAUAUUUAUCAACUUUUGUCAAGGACUUUUUAACACAUUUUCCAUUUAUCCAUGUUUCCAAAUUGAAUGAGUAUGAAAUCAUGAGCAUGACUUCGAAUGAAUUAGACGAUAAUGAAAGUGCUCGGGUUUGUCUCCCCUUGUUGGUGGCAACCAUUGGAGCCUUGAUUGCAAACAACAAAAACGAUUCUGAACAUUUAUACGAAGCAUCAAGACGAACAAUUCACAUUUAUUUGGAAAGCAGGAAAAAUAUCGUUAAUCUGAAAAAACCUUCAUUUUUUUCGGCGAAUCCUUUAUGGCUUAUCCAAUCAUUGACGCUAUCAGUCAUUUACGGUUUAUUUUCGGAAAACAUCAAUAACGUUUAUAUUGUCAUGCGACAAUUGAAUGCAUUGAACUCGUUGGUCAAGACUUCUAUAAAAGAUAAGCAUGAGCUCUUGUUCUCAAUCCAUGGUGAAGACGAGGUGAUUUACAAGACAUUAACAUCGGAAGACCGUGAAUCUUUUGGUCAUGGCAACGCCAGUGACAACGGCAAUGGUGGUGUUGAUAGCAGAGGUGGUGCUCACUCUCUUUUUACAAACUUACAUCAAGAUGAAAUGAAAUUUAAAAACCAGAUUAAUUUGCAAUCGCAGAAUCGUAUCGUAUUCUUAAUCUACCGGUUGACGAGUUUUUUGUUUAUGAUGUACAAUGUUCCCUUGACAUUAUCGGUCAACGACUUGCAUCAAUUAGCCAUUGCUGAUAAAACAGAUGAAUACUUGUGGAAUUUUAAAAGUUUUCAAGAGUUUCAAGAAGCAUGUCAAGAUCAUCAAAACGAACAUGAAACAAUAAGUUUCUACAUUAACCGUCGCAAAAUUAUCAGAUAUAAGGAAUUGCUUCUAAAAAUUGCCAAAAAUGCUAACCCCGAGAAACCACCAUCACCAGAUUUAGACACCUACAUCAAGGAAAAUUUGCAAAGCUUGAGUCAAUUUGGUUAUGUUUGCCUUGUCCAUGGUUUUUACGAAAUUAUGCUGUACAAAGAAUUGAAAAAAAUCAACCUGUUUAAAGUUUUAAAUGAGGUAUCUGAAUGUUUCCCACUUCCCAUUGGUGUUGGUAUGUUUGGUACGGAAGAUUAUGCACGAUUGGAUUAUGCAAUGUUGGUCAAUUAUACCAAACUCUCCACAGUGUUUGAUCUUGGCGCAAUUAAGACAUUUAGUUGGUUAGCCAAUUACGACGAAAUGGUGGGUGCGUUUGGUAAUAUCUUGAAUUCUGGAAAUCCCGAGGGUCCGCAAAAUACACUUGAUAAUGUGAAUUAUUUGCAAACGCUUGACUCUGCAUUGAUCAUUUUGAAACUUUCUUUGUUCAAGGCUAAAGUUAUUAAAGGCGAUGAAGUUGAUUCUAAUCGUGAACAUGGUCACCAAUACAAUCAAAAUCAAAAUCAAAAUCAAAAUCAAAAUCAAAAUCGAUAUCGCCAUCAAUCUCACCAAAACAGUCACCAUCACCCUGUAUUGUUCUCAUCAAAUGCUUCUGGACAGUCUAACAAUGACCUCUUCAGCACUGACUUUGGAUACUUGGAUAACAAUUCAAACUCCGAAAACAAUGUUCAGCAAAGUCCACAAACUGACACACGACACAAUUCAAAGUUGAUUGCACGUCAGUUUGAAGAAAUGAUGCAUUUAGUGGUCACUGAUGAGUUUGUGCCAACAACAAAUCUCAUUCAUUCUCAAAUGUUAUUUCAUGUCUUUUCGAUAUUGGGUAUUGUUUCUAUCAUUCUCUUGAAAAAACGCAUGGAUCAUGAGAUGGGUAUAAACAUUGAUGAAAAUGAAGACAAUAAGGAUCUACUUGCUGAAAUGAAUGGCAAGUUUCUUGCAAUUGUGUCUUUAUUGGACAAGGUCAAGCAUAACUUACAAGUAAAAUUCCAAGCACUUGCUGGUGACCCUCGAGCUAUCCACAGCAAUGGCAAUAGCAACAGCAUAAUGUUGGGCGACGCGGGCGUCGCUCAGUACAGCAAUAGCAAUAGCAAUAACAAUAACAAUGGUUUAAUGGCAGGGAUGUUAGGAGCACAAGGACCAAGUACGUUAAAUAAAUUUGAAGACAACAAUAAUUUUACAAGCUUGUAUCUAUUCAAUGGAAUAGAGGGAAAUGCAAACUCAGCUUUCCCAGCAGCAACACCAAAUCAUGGUAGCAACGACAACAAUGGUGAAAAUGGCAACAACCAUGCUAUGGGUAUGAAUGCAAACACUGGCUAUGAUUUAGAAAAGACAUUGUACAUUUUGAAAAUUGGUGAGACCUUGUUGUAUUACAUGUACGAUACUAAUUUUCAAGUUUCCGUGUUCAAGAAGUUGGCUGAUAAUUUGUCACAAAUUAGAAAAUACAUAAUAGACAAUGAGUCGUUUUUAUUGAAUUAA